UUUUAAUUUGUGCUUUUAUUUUGAUGUUUUAAAGUGCUCAACCGGAAAUGCUUCAGUGGUUCCUUCAAAUGUGUGUUUACAUUCUACAGCUGACAUCGGUGGACAGUAGCCUCAGUUGAAAGCAAAUGUCCUCCCCAAUGUCUAACCUUAUUGACGUCCACGCCCAGAUAGCCUCUAUAAUGGAGGUCUUGGCCAACGCGGCAGUGUCCGAAAUCUGCAAAGUAGUGGAUGAUGGAUACGCAGCUUUGCGCCUUGAAAUUUCAAAGAGUCAAGACGAGAUCGACACCCUGAAGAAAAAACUGCACAUGACGAGACUUCGUUGUCGGCGCGUAUGUUCGGAGAGGCAUGGAGCACAGGGAUAUGGUUUAGGAAGGCUUUCAUCACCUGGUAUCCAUGUGCGUGGCAGAACAUUGAACCCCAUUCGAAGCUUCCAGAAUAGUAACAAUUCAAAACCAGAAGUGGAAUAUGGUUGUUCCGUCUCACAAAAUCAGGGUGAUCGUCAGAAACAGUCCUCGCAUAGUAAUAUGAGUACACAUGGCCAGCAGCAGGUGGGAGAUUUAAAGUUACCAGGUGUAAGUAAACAGGCAACAGUCAAGGCCGAAGAUAACAUUGCAGAUUUUACCACAUCCAGUCUAUCAAGAGAUGAUGACAAUGGUGGCAGUGUCAAUUCAUCAGAAGGAGUCAUAACAGAGGAGAUGACACCCCUUCUGAGAUCAGACUCCGACAGGACCAGUCCCACUCAUCCUCAACCUCACACCUGGAAGCACAACAGAGAGGCAGAGGAGGAGACAGAAGAUGAGUCCCAGCUCAGGACUUGGCAAGAAGCUGGUCAGCCAGUAGAAAAUCCUUUACUGUGGGCCCAGGAACAGAGGAAGCCAGGCGCUAAUAUUAACACACCAAAUGCAAAUUUGGACCAUGUGACCUUUUCCAGAAAUAGGGGCACUUCUGAUAGUGCCACAAACUGUCUGCUCUCAGCUGGUUCUAUAGACUGGGAGCCAGAUUUGGUACUUGUUGAUUCAGUGCCUAUUAAACUAGAGACAGACAUGAGUUCAGACUGGAACAUAACAGACCAUGGGAAUAUAAUCAAUAACAGCACAAGUGCCUCCAAUAUAACAUGCCCUCCGUUAAAUCACAGGAGUGAAAUGCCCACCACAUCACCUCACCACUUGACUCAAGCUCACCAGGUAAACCAGGCUGAAAGACUUCAUCAGCUUGGCAGGGCUUCAUCAGGGAGCACUGCCAACCCACCUUUCCGCUGCGGGUCAUGUGGGAAAGUCUUUCUCCAGAUGGCACACCUCAAGAGGCACGAACGUGUGCACACAGGCGAAAAGCCAUUUAGCUGCCUUCGCUGCGGAAAGCGCUUCUCACACCGCCACCAGCUCACAAACCACGUGCGUGUCCACACAGGUGAGAAGCCUUUUCGCUGUAUCCACUGUGGCCGCCACUUCACGCAGUCCAGUCACAUGAAGAGGCACCUGAGCAUCCACACAGGCCAGACAAGGUCCCACAGUUGUUCCUCUUGUGGGAGAUGGUAUACCACUCAGGGCAGCCUCAUCAGGCACCAGAGGGCAGGCUGUAGUUUCAUGAGCUAGCAGUGUUGUCAAUCACCAGUUUUUCCGGCUGUGCCUCUAGCCCAGCCCCAAGAUCUUUUACAUCUCUUUUGGUCUGUCACGUUUUAUCCUUGUUGAGGAUUGCGUUAAAGGAACAGUCCGUGAUGCUACUGAAAGAUUGUUGAUAUUUCCGCUCAACAAGCCGUUAAUGCUGCUGAGGCAUGAUCUGAGCAACUUUCUUUGUUUCCCGAUGACAGAGCCAGGACUGUACAGGAGGUUUUUGUAGCACACAACCAGAACAUACAGCUAGCAGACUGUGUGGAGCAAUUUGAUGAAUUUGACAAUGCAUUUAUUGGAUAAGAAUCACAGACUCUACCUUGAGGUAUCAAAUUGGAGAGCCUGGGUUUUUCCUCACUGCAAAUCACUGCAAUAAUGUCUAACCCAUGUAGAGAUUUUUUACUUAGUUUUUCCUUUUUUAGUUGAGAAAGAAAUGAAUUUUAUGUAAAAAAAAAUAAUUGGUGUUCUCUUGUUCUAUUUCUUUAUAGGAGAUGGUAGAUUAUGUCACAAUUGAAAAGAGAUUAAUAAAAUGUUGCCUUUGAAUUCAGUUUGUAUUUUCAUUUUGGACUUCCUAGGAUUCUGGAACUCUGUAGGUAGAAAAAUUACUACACUACAAUAGCAACAUUAGGUCAUGUUCAGUUACCAGGGAGUUUGAGUAAUAUGGACUCUAUCAGUAUGUAAAAUGUGCAGUUUUUGUACUGCUUCACAUCAGUGUACAGCCACCACAUCCACAAACUAUAGUUCCCUAAAUCUCUAACUCAAAAUAUGUUACCUUUUAGUCUAUUCUUGCCAGAAAUGGUAUCCUUCAAGGUAACACACUUUUCUUAGGACGCAAACUAUCUUGUUAUUUCACUAAGGCCUGAUUUCUAGCUCAUUCUCUAACUUUAUGCACUUCAUGUCUUAUUACGCACCGCUAUGUGUCUAGUCACUUAAGGGACAACUUAACAUGGACAUGCACAUGGACAACUUAACAUGGAACAUGGACAUCCAAAGAAACAAAAGCAACGGUGAACAAAAUGGCUGCCCCCCAUAAUGGUGGGGCAGCCAUUUCUAAAAACCACACAGGGAGGCAAGCCACCAUUAUCCCAGGAACAGUCCGUAUUAGCUGACUGGCCACCAUUAUCACAGGAAUAGUCAAUAAGACUGACCUAAACAAAGAUAAUGGUGAAAGAUCUUGGAAGGCUAGAGAAGUUACACAAGAAAGAGGUGGGAAAAGAACCCCCAUAGGGCAUGGCCAAUGGUUAUUGGAUAGACCAGACUGUGACAUACAGGAAAGGACAGGAGGAGCCAGAUCUCUAUUAAAGAGAUCUGCUGCUUCUUCCUGGUGUCGGUAAGCUUUUGCAAGAGAUCAUAUGAGAUGCUCCAUGGACCAGCUCAGUAGUAGUUAACUGCUCUGAAAUAAAGCGUUCAGUAUCUUCACAA